CGGGCGGUCGACGGCACACCGAUUGUGCUCAUCAGUUCCGUUCCGGAGCCCAUCACGUUUGGUCGUGUUCGCUGCUCUACGCCUUCCGCUCUCCUCGUCGUCGUUGCCCACCCGCAGGUCGUGCAAAGUAAUAAACAUUAUCUCGCGUGUAAUAUUUUUUCAUUAUUAUUUUACACUCGCGCACUGACCGUAAUAUUGUGAUACCAUAUCUAUUCAUCUUCCUCAAUAAUAUUUUUUUAAUUAUUGUACUUCCGCACGACGACCGUGAUUGCCGUGCUUCGUCUGAUAAAAGAUCAUCGCGCGCUCGCAUUAAAUCCCGUUAAAUGGGUGUAAUCGGUGGCACCAACGACUGCAGUAGCGACGUUGCAAACAGAUCCGUCGCGGUAGUCCCAGAACCGCCGUGUCAGUGUACCGUCGACCAUUUCUUGGCGCCACUCAAGUUCAAAAUGAAAGGGCUCAAGAAAAUCCGAAAGAAAAUCGGCUUAGCACCGAAAUCAGGCGCCGGAACUGUCAACCCGAAUUUGCCACCUUUGAGAUUCCAUAACGUUCACGGCGAUAAUGUCCGAUUAUACAAGAACGGAUUCGUCGCUAGACGGGUGGACAGUUUUUGUAAAGGAGUGGCGUUCAGCAGUCGGCCAGUGGCCAUCAACGAAAAGGUGUACAUCAAGUUCCUGGAGAUAUCUGACAACUGGAGUGGUGUACUCCGGUUCGGGUUUACCAGCGAAGACCCCUCGAAUGUGAAGAGAGUGCCGAAAUACGCUUGUCCUGAUCUGACCAGCAAGUCGGGAUUCUGGGCGAAAGCGCUGGGUGAACGUCAUGUUGUUCUCGAUAGCGUGUUGUUCUUCUAUGUGGAUUCCGGUGGCGACGUGCACUACGGGAUCGAUGGUCAAUCCAAAGGGGUAUUUAUGCAGGGCAUCGACACUAGGUCACCGCUCUGGGUGUUGUUGGAUAUUUACGGCAAUUCUACUAUUAUCGAGUUUCUCGACUGUCGUCCGCAGCUAAACAACAGGACAACUGCCGUCAGAAGUGAUGAUUUAGAAAUCACUUCACAUCUGUCAGCCGUGACCAUGUCGUCCCCCGCCCCGUUGGCCUUACGGAACCAAACUGAAAACAAUUUGGAGCCGUUGGGCUUGGUACGGAAAGGGCGGCAUGUGAUGAUCAGUACGAAAGAUGGCGUGCCGUGUGUAGGGACCAGGCUAUCCACUGCCUUCUUCCAAGGUUACACGUUCACAAAACGGCCACUACAGAUUGGUGAAAAAUACCUAGUACAAAUCACGAAGACCAGUCAGCUGUACGUGGGAAGUCUUUCAUUUGGUGUCACGUGCUGUGAUCCUAACAGCAUCGGAAUCGGGGAACUACCUGACGAUCCCAACCAGCUGGUAGACCGACGAGAGUACUGGGUGAUGAGUAGAAAUGUAGCCGAAGAUACCCAACCUGGAGACGUGCUCAUAUUCUCCAUUAAUAACAAUGGUGAAGUCUUAUGUAGCAAAAACGGAAAUCCGGACAUCGUCUUAAUGUGUGUAGAUCAUGCCCAAAUGCUAUGGGGUGUAUUUGACAUUUACGGAACGACCACACAAAUUGUCGUGUCGAAAAUAACGUCUCCACCGACCAAUAGUAAUGGUUGCACGCCUAACGUGAUUGUUCAAACUUCUCCCCAACCAUCUACUUCCUAUGAAACAGUUUCGGCGGCCUCGCCAACUAUGUGUUACACUCCGCAACAACCUAUGGUCCGAUCAAAUAUACUUGAAGUAAACACGGAUGCAAAUGGUGGAACUGUUCUAAUUGUCAACUUACCUGCGGCUCAAAGUAAUCAAAUGUGUCAUCCAUCACCAGCCUUAUCACAGGGUUCUAGUAUUCAACAACAAAUGUCUGCUAGACCUCCAUCUGUCACAAUUCAACAGAUACAGCCAAGAGUUGCUCCUGUCCAACAACCACACUUGCCAGAGUCACCAUCAGGUGAAGGAGAAUGUUCAAUUUGUUUCGAAAGAGCAGUUGACUGUGCUUUGUACACAUGUGGUCAUCUCUGUAUGUGCUAUGAAUGUGCUAAGAAACAAUGGGUACGUUUGGGCCGUUGUCCCAUUUGCCGUGCUGUCAUCAAGGAUGUGAUUAAGAUAUAUAAAUAAUUUUAGUUUACUGUUAUUUUUUUAUUAAGGCAUUUUUGUUAACUUAAUAUUUUUUUCUUAACUUUCUACUUUUGUAAAUAACUAUUAUCAAACAAAUGCUAACUAGUUUUAUCAGUCACUUUUAGUAUUAUAGUAUGUUAUUAAAUUGUUUUUUUCAUUUUAUAGUACUAUAAUUUAAUUAUUAAUUUAUUGAAAUACAUUUAU